AGACAAAUCUUGUUUUAGAAUACUGCAGUAAUAUUUAGUUGGUGAAAUGUCUAAGUUAGUCGGAAAGUAUCAGCUCGCGGAAAACAAAAAUUUUUAUGAAUUUUUGUUAGAACUCGGUGUGCCUGAAGAUAAAGCAAAAGGAGCAAAGGAAAUUAAGGGAACUAUUGAAGUUAAAGUAGAUGGAAAUAAAGUGACUCUAGUAAACGAUUCUCCUCCACAUGUUACCGAUUUUAUAAUUGGUCAAGAAGUUGAGGAAAAGAUUACGGAUGAAACAGUACUUAAGAGCACUGCGUCCUUAAAUGGUAACGUCCUGACAAUUUCAUCUAUAAAGGAUGGCAAGCCUUCAGGAAAUAGGACACUUACAUUCUCCGACAGUGGACUGGAGAUGGUCAUCAAAGAUUCUAAGGAUGGAAAACCCCUCUCAGCCACUCGUAUCUACAAGAGGAUUUAAAACACUUUAUUUUAUUCUGUGAAGAAAAUAGAAAUUUAAAAAUUUUAUAUAAUAAACUUUAUAAUGAGCUA